UCAUAAGGGUAUAUGAACAUCUACAUUAAAAUGGUAUAAAUGAAACUUAAACCAAAAGCAGGGGACUCACUGUCUUUUUAAAAAUAUCAAGUAUAGGUAGGUAAGGUUUUGAGAAAACACUGAACCAUUAGCUAAACAGUAAUUACUUGCUCUGAACUUAAAAUCCUUGUUGGACACUAUUCAGGGUCUUAGUUCUGUCUCUGUAAGUAGUUAAGGAAGAGACACUGAAUAUUUUCUAGAAGUGUUUUGAAAAUGUUAAUGUGAUUAAUUUGUUAUGCUUCAGCUGGGGUGGGGGCAGAAUAAUUCUCCUGUGCCUUGAGAAAGCAGAAAUUUUACAUUCUCGGAAGAGGCAGUACAGCUUAAGAGUAGACCUGGUUUUAAUGCAUUACAGAGCACAGUUCCACUCAUAAUUGUUGGAAGUACAUCUUUAAUAAUCUUAACCGAUGAGCUGAAUAAUGCAAAACUGCAAGGCUGCCCAUGUCAAAUGUCAUCAGAGAGAUGUUGCUGCUAUUUUUGAUAAGCAACUAAGCAACAGAUUUGCUGCCUGAAGACAGAAAGGAAGUUCUACAGCUGUUUUGUGUUAUGCUAAUUAUUUAUAAAAGUUCAAAGGGAAAAAUCAGGCAGAGGCUGUUCCCUUCUAAUAGUGUAGCAAUUAGAUACAGCUAUGAAGAAAUAAUGCUAUGAUUUGAAAAUACUUGGAUCCCUGUGCUGUGCCCUCUAUGGUCCAUAGACCGUAGCAACAGCAGAGUAGCCACUCCCACACAAAGGGCCAUGUCUCCUUGUUUAUGUUGCUGCCAUACAAAUACACUUUUAGCCCAUCUGUGCAAAAUCUGUCAAGUUGCAUAGUGUGGAAGAGGUGGACAAAUGGAAUACUCCGUGUAGCUGGACUGUUACUAGAAGUGAGCUACAGCUAUGUGACAGAGCUCCUUUUCCUCUGUGCAGAUGCCCUUAGUUUCAAAGAGCAACUGGUAACAUGGAAUGCACCUCCGAAGGGGACAGCUGAACUCUCCCUCUGGCUUUAGUGAGGAAAGAGCAGCGAUGAAAUCCGUGGACUGUAUACAUGUCACCCAACAGAAGGAUACCGCCUCCUCUGCCCUCGCUGGCACUGCUUCAGGCACUACAGUACUUUUUUCUGUCACAUUCCUGUGGUUUGCAAUGCUCCUGUCCUCUUGCCUUGCAGCAGUGUCUCUUUACCAUGUUGUCACCCUGAAAACAGAACUAGAAGCUCUGCGCAGUGAGCUCAUCUACAGGGUCGAGGCAAGGUCUCCACUAGACUUGCCACCCAUGUCCCCUGAUGAGAAUAAAGCAAGUACCCCUGUUCCUUCCUUCCUGCAAGUGUCUGCAGCUGGCACCAGGCAGGAGACAAGGCUUCCUGGUCCUGGACCAGCUGAAAGCUUCCAAAAGGAAAUCUGGACUGGGAGCAGAAACAGGUGGAGAAGGUCUGUUGUCCAUACAGAAGAAACAGUGCUGCAGGCCUGCUUGCAACUGAUUGCUGACAGCAAAAGUGAUAUUCAACAGAAAGAUGAUUCAAGCAUUGUCCCUUGGCUUCUGAGCUUUAAACGUGGAACAGCUCUGGAAGAACAAGGAAAUAAAAUAGUGAUCAAAGAAACAGGAUAUUUUUUCAUUUAUGGCCAGGUUUUAUAUACGGAUACAACAUUUGCUAUGGGACACCUAAUACAGAGGAAGAAGGCCCACGUGUUCGGUGAUGAUCUCAGCUUGGUGACAUUGUUUCGUUGCAUCCAAAAUAUGCCACAGUCUUAUCCAAAUAAUUCUUGCUAUACUGCUGGCAUUGCAAAAUUAGAAGAAGGGGAUGAACUUCAACUUACAAUACCACGGAGAAGGGCCAAAAUAUCCUUGGAUGGAGAUGGUACUUUUUUUGGUGCAGUUAGACUCCUCUGAAGCCCUUCAUUUUUGUUAUUAUGCUUAAUGCAGUUUUCCUCUUUUCCUAUGCCUUUAUCAGAGAAAUAUUGAAUUGUAAUAAAGCUGCCAGUUCAGACUCUUCCCA